AUGGAAGAGAGACGAAAACGGCCUCGUGAUGAUGAGGAUGAUGUCAAGCAAGAGGAAACUCAAAGUCCUCAGGAAUACGUACCAUAUGUCCCCUUAAAGCAGCGUCGAGAAGCAAAAGCUGCCAAGUUUGCUUCACACAUUAGCUCAACCAAACGAUCUGCUACUAAUCCCGACGAAGAUGACGAUGACCACCACCAACGAAACGACCAGGACGACGACAAUGAUACCGACAAACCCGCUCAAGCACGUACAAAUGUAUCUCUCAUCGACCAGGCUGCCGAAUUGAGAAAACAGCAGGAGGGCCAACACCAAAAGACGGAAAUGGAGUUAAAGAUUGAAGAGGAGGAGCAAAUCUUGGCUGCUCAGACUAGAAAGAAACAGCUCUUUUCGGACAAGGAACUCGCUCAGGGUAUCGUCUAUGAAAAACCAAUGAAGACUUCUUGGACUCCUCCGUCUUAUAUAUCUCACACCACGGAGAGAGAACGAGAAGAGUUGCGUAAGAAAUGGCAUAUUAUCGCUGAAGGUGACAAUAUACCGCCGCCCAUAAAGUCAUUCACUGAAAUGAAACUGCCUGAUGCAUUGAUACGAUAUCUAAAGUCAAAAGGAAUCGCCAGUCCAACUCCAAUACAGGUCCAAGGCAUACCUACCGUAUUGUCUGGUCGUGACAUGAUUGGUGUAGCAUUCACAGGUUCAGGAAAGACUCUAGUCUUCACUUUGCCCAUCGUCCUAUUUGCUCUCGAACUCGAAAUCAAGCUGCCGUUUGUACAAGGAGAAGGUCCUGCUGGAUUACUUAUAUCGCCAUCGCGUGAAUUGGCAAAACAAACGUUUGAUGUAAUUGAAGGCAUGGCUGAAGCCCUGUCUCAGAAUGGGAAAUAUCCAAGAAUUCGCACCUUAUUGGCAAUGGGUGGUGUUGAUCUUCGAGAACAGUCGGACGUAUUGAGAAAAGGUCCACAUAUCGUGGUUGCUACACCAGGUCGUCUACAAGACCUGCUAGAAAAGGGCAAAAUAAAUCUCGAUUCAUGUAUCUUUCUUGCCAUGGAUGAAGCAGAUCGUAUGAUUGAUAUGGGAUUUGAAGAUGACGUCAGGAACAUCAUGUCCUACUUCAAGGCUCAAAGACAAACCUUGUUAUUCUCAGCCACCAUGCCCAAAAAGAUUCAAAACUUUGCCAAGUCUGCACUUGUCAAGCCAGUCGUUGUCAAUGUGGGGCGUGCUGGUGCUGCCAGUUUGGAUGUCAUUCAAGAAGUUGAGUAUGUAAAGCAAGAAGCCAAAAUGCUGUACUUGCUAGAGUGUCUGCAAAAGACCCCACCUCCGGUCUUGAUUUUUGCUGAAAACAAGAACGAUGUGGACGACAUUCAUGAGUACCUGUUGCUCAAGGGUAUUGAUGCAGUCGCUAUUCAUGGUGGCAAAGACCAAGAACAGAGAAAUUAUGGAGUCAAGGUUUUCAAAGAAGGGAAAGCCGAUGUUCUUGUAGCUACCGAUGUGGCUAGCAAAGGAUUAGAUUUUGCUGGUAUUCAACAUGUCAUCAAUUAUGAUAUGCCCAAGGAAAUCGAAGACUAUGUCCAUAGAAUUGGUCGUACUGGUCGAUCAGGAAAGACUGGUGUCGCUACAACCUUCAUCAAUCGAAACUGUUCAGAACAGAUUCUGUUGGAUUUGAAACACUUGCUUAGAGAAGCCAAACAACGUGUGCCUCCUGUCCUAGAAGCACUCGAAGAUCCUACUGAAGCAUUUAAAGGUGUUGCCGGUGCUGAUGUAGAGUGUACAUAUUGUGGUGGUUUGGGUCAUCGUAUUUCCAACUGUCCCAAACUUGAACAGCAGCGCAAGACUCAGCAGUCUGCAGCUAAAGGAUUGGGUGGUGGUACUCGUGGUGGCUUCGAAUAG